CAACUCCAAUAACAAAAAAACACUCAUCAACCCUUCAAACAUCAAAAACCAAACACUCUCUCUCUAUCUCUCUCUGUUCGGUGUUUGUUAAGAAAAAAAAAAAGAAUAUCAAAAAUCACUUUCUCUUUCUCUCUCUAGCUUUAUCUUUUUUUGUUCAACCAUGAAGAAGCUCUACCAUAAAGCGACGGUUCAUCCAACCCCACCGGUCAUCACCGACCAACUCUCCUUCCUUCCGGCGACCAUCCUCACCCUCGCUGCUGCUCUCUCAACGGAGGACAGAGAAGUCUUGGCUUACCUCAUCUACUGCUCCUCCGCUGCAACCCCUACCGGAAACGCUAAACGGAGCACCGUGAGAAACACCGAUCAUGCUACUCUCUUUAACUGUAGCUGUUUCAGGUGCUAUACGAGUUACUGGGUCAGAUGGGACGAGUCGCCGAACCGUGAACUGAUACAUGAAAUCAUCGAUGCUUUUGAGGAGUGGUUGGCUCAGAGUAGUAAAGGUGGGAAGAAAGGGAAAGGGAAGAAAGAGAAGAGGAACAAGAAAGGGUUUGGGGGUAAGCGGUCUGGACCUGGUUGCUCCGGUGAGUUGAAUCGGUCUGUGGUGAACGAGUUGGCUGAGAUGGAAUCGGUGGGGGAAAGUAGUAAUAGUAGUAGUAGCGGCGGUGGUGGUGGUGGUAGUGAAAGUGGUGAAAGGGUGGUGGUUGUUGGAGGUGGUGGUGGUGGUGGUGAAGAUGAAGAGAAAGGGUCGGUGAGAAAAUUUGUGAGUUUCAUUGGAGAAAGGAUUUGGGGUGUUUGGGGAUAGUGAAAGAAUUUGCAAGAGAAAAAAAUAAUGAAGAAAAAUUGAAGAAAUUAAGGUAGGGUUAGUUUAUGUUUUUUCUUUUGUUGUUAAAAUCUUUUUGUAUAUUAAUCAUCAUCAUUAUGUAAUGUUAAAAAAUGUUUAUUUGGUUUUGUGAUGAAUGUCUUAGAUUUUGUUGUUUAACAUGAUACCAAUGUUCUGGUUUCUGUUUU